GUUGAACUUUGUAGUUGAACAAAGUCCAAUGCAAAAUGUACAAAUGUUGUGCAGUGUUUUCUUGUGCGAAUAGCACCAGUCGGUCUAGAAAAUCUAUGUACAAAUUUCCAACUGAUGCACCUAUUUGUGAAAAAUGGGUAGAGUUUUGCAAAUCGGACAAGAUUAACGAUAUGCUCGUUCUUGAAGGGGUCUACAAACUACGAAACUCCUCCUUCUCCGUUUGUGCAGAUCAUUUCGAAAAACGGUGCUUCGUUAAUCCAAACAACACAUCACAAGGAAUUUACAAAGGAAGCAUUCCGACAAUCAUUGCAGGCCAUCCGGUACUAGUGUCGAAUUUUAAAAAGGCGAAUCAAAUCCCGGAUUUCUUUGACCUUGACGCCCAACAUCGUCGUAGUCCCGAACCGUGUGAAGAAGAAAUGCCCGUUGAAGUACUCUACGAGGAACUGGAAAAUGCGAUAGCACCCGCAGAACCUAUAAUAUCCACUGAUGUGGAAACGGCCACUCAACCCAACGCUCAGCCAACCAUCGAUCCGCACGUGUUCGCUUGUCAGUGUACGAAAGAGUUCGAGUAUCGAACGAAGUUUUUCGAAGAGCGAACCCGCGCGGUCGGUUUGGUUCAGGAAAUUAAAGCCACCGCAAGCAAACUUCGAGCAGUCAAACAGCCUGUCCGUCGAAAGACUCGGUCGGUCAGAAGAAUUAAUGAAAGUAUUCGAAAAAUUAAGGCGAAAAUUAUAGCGCUAGCGGAGGAAUAUCACACGGUAAUAGAACUAAGCUCGGAUGAUGAUUCCGGAGAAGAUUAGGGUGUUUUUUUGUUGUUGAAACCACACAGU